AUGAGAAAAGGAAAAGAAGUUGGAGAAAAGGAGCAUCGUUCUAAUACGGAAAAAGAAGUUGGAUAUAAAGAGGAUGCUGCACAUGAGCCUAGAAAUGCAAGUCCUGAAUUGGUUGAGAGUGAAGACAAUGAUUCGGAUCAUGGGCUUGAAGAACAAGCUGCAAAUUUAGUUGAUAAAGAGGAUGAUGCAGAACAGCCCGGAAAAGAAGAUGAUGCAAGUCAGCCUGAAAAAGAAAGUCAAGAGAAGCAUGGUGAUACAGCUGAGAUGAAUGAUUCUGAUUGGGGUCAGCCUUCUUUUAGUCUAGGAUUCAGUACUCCUAUAUCAUUGGAAGAAAGUAGAAAGUCACCAUCUGAUGUGGCAACAUACACACUUAUGGAGAACAUACCACAAAAUGAACAGAUUCCGCUUCCAAAAAGGAUCUCAGCAUUGUCACAAUACUUUAGAUCCCCAUAUGUAAUGCAAAUGAAGAAGGCAAAAUUGAGUGAGGAAGACACACAAUUGGUCAACUAUGCAUGGACAUUGGCAGAAGCAAAUGGAGGAGCUAUGGAGGUAUUGUUCCAAGACAAAUGCAAGAUGUUAGACAACCUUAACAGGGGAUCCUUAUUUUGUCUCAAGAAGGAUUGUAAGUUAGAGGGGGAUGUCAUUGGAAACUAUUUUAGUUUCUUGAAUAAAAAAGAGAUGAUGAAAGGAAAGAUGAAAAGGUUGAUAUUCCCGGUUACAUAUGAAUUUGAGCAUGGCGUCAAGAUCACUAGACGCAAAAAGGAUCAUAGAGAAGCCCAUGUAGUGGCCGAGUAUGCAGAAGAUUUAAUAAGACAGCUCAAAUACAUGGAUUUUAAUGAUAUAGACGUGGAAAAUCCUGAAUAUUGGUUUUUCCCAGUUUAUUUGAAGAGUCACUAUGCUGCAUAUGUGAUUGAUUUCAAAGAACAGAGGUUCGGAUUUCUGAAUAGUUGUGAAAGGUUCACAUUUCGAAAAGAAGAUGAAUGGGACAAUUGGGGGAAGUGGAAAGUGAGAUAUGGGAUGGAGUUGAUAAAUGCUAAGAGAAAUGAACCUAUAGACUUUAGUCAAUGGAGUUGGGAGGAUGUGAAUUUGCCUUUACAACAUGAUAGGAAAUCAUGCGGGCUAUUUGUUCUGACAUAUAUUGAGAAAUGGGAUAGCAAGCAAGCUGCAAUUUGGGAUUUUUUUUAA